AUGGCUAGUGUUGAAUCAUCUAAAAAAUCUGACUAUGGGACUAUAAACCCUAGAUCUGAUAAGACCCUAGGUCAAUCUAGUAUGAAUGUUGUUGAUAAAGAUAGUGUUGAUAAGAGUAUUUGUGUCUUAAUCUCCAAAAUCUUGAAUGUUGAACCUAAGUCUGAUAUUGUGCCAGAUGUCACUACAUCUUUGGCCCAAACUGAUUAUCCUAUUGAAACCUCACUUGAAAAAUCUGAUGGAAAGUCUAAUAGUGAGUCUUGUGCAAUUAAGUCCCCUGAAAAAUCUGAAGAGAAAGAUGAUUCUGAUAGUAUGUAUGUUGAUAUGUCUGACAAAGAAGAAAAUUUUAUUGUGAAGAAGGAUCUAUCUACAGAAAUUGUAAAUGUAGAUGGUCUGGACUCUGAUGAUAAGCUCAUUGGGUGGAGCAACGUUGUAACUCCUGCCACCAAGAAAAGAUCUUUGAAGAGGAAGGAAGAUUCAUCUAGUCUUAGUGACUCUGAGUAUGAUGUCGAACAAAAUGUUUCAGACAUCGUGCCUCUAAAGAAAGCUAUUGGGAAAAAGGUCACUGCUAAUGUGCCUGAAGUUCCCAUUGACAACAUCUCUUUUCACUCUGUUGAGAAUGUUGAAAAAUGGAAGUUUGUGUACCAAAAGAGGUUGGCUUUGGAAAGAUACCUUGAGAAGGAUGCCCUUGAAUGUAAGGAGGUAGUAAGUCUUAUUGAUAAUGCUAGGUUGAUGGAAAGUGUGGUUAAUUUUGGCAAGUGUUAUAAGAUACUUGUAAAAAAACUCAUUGUAAAUAUUUCUAAGGAUUGUGAUAACAAGAGGAAUAAAGAGUUCAGAAAGGUAUGUGUGAGAGGAAAUUGUGUGGAAUUUUCUCCAGAAAUCAUUAACAGGUUCAUAUGCAGAAGUGAAGAGGAACAAGCUAAAGUGGAGGUAUCUGAUAAUAUUGUUUGCAAAGAAAUCGCUACCAAACAGUUGUCACAAUGA